UUGCUACGAACGGGUAUCGUGCUGUAGCACGGUGACGCAGAAGGAACGACUAUCUUCAUUCUAUUUGGUCGGCCUAUGGGAGACUAGUACACAGUAGGUUUGUUAAAUAAUCAACAAGUUUGAUCCAUACUGUCAUGCUCCUAAAACUGCCAUCAAUAACUGCAGCUUCUUAACAUCGCCCAUGCCCAAGACUCGCAAAAAGAAGACUCCUGUGACGAACACUAGUAUUGACAAAGCGAGCUCAUCGAGCAACCCCCACUCAAGCCGCACCGUCAUCCGACGGUUUCAUGUUCUGCUGAAAAAACAGGGCCAACUGAAAAAUGCCCCUUCUGCCAAUGCAAAAGAACUCGGAGAUGUUGAACGCGAGAUCAACGACUUGGGAGGAUUGGCGGUUUAUCAGCGCAUGUCGAGUGUUGGGCAGGGGAAUGACCGCGGCGGCGGAAGUGAGAAAGUGCUCAUACAGUGGUUGAUUGACAUGGGGCUUCGGAAAAGGGAAGGCAAAGAGAAACUGAAGCUUUUGGAAGUUGGUGCUCUAAAGCCUGACAACUAUCGAACAUGCACGUCAUGGAUAGAUACCACACCAAUGGACCUUCGGAGCCGCCAUCCCUCUAUUCUCGAGCAGGAUUUCCUGUUGAUGGAUGAGGGUGAAAAUCGAGGCAGGUGGGACAUCAUCAGUCUGAGUUUGGUCGUGAACUUUGUUCCUGACCCGAGAGAUCGAGGGCGAAUGCUAUGCCUUGCGCACUCUAUACUAGCUCCGGACGGUCUGCUCUUCCUUGCGGUAAGCAACUGAAAGCCUUGAGCGCAUCUGUCACGAGUGUUAAUCUGAUCCUCUUACUAGCUUCCCCUACCAUGCGUGGAGA